AUGGUCCAAACCGACCCCUCGUGGGCUUGUAUCUCCUGCGACAUGUGCAGGGCAGUGAACUCCUUGGCGGCCCCUUUUCGUUUGCUGUUCCGAAAGCUCUUGGUGAGGAGGGAGUUGGCGUUGAGCUUGCGGUUUCCGUCCCUUGCGACCUUCCCCCGUCGCAUAAGCUCCUUGACGAUAGGCGAGUACCCGACUGACUUCUCGAAUUCCUCAAUCGUUAACUGUUUGCCCGUCUCGACCUCGCUCAACUUGUUCCACAUCCCUUGCUCGUUGUACUCCUUCACGAUGAACUCCUUGCCCGUGUCUAGGUUUUUUAUAAGGAAGAACGACCCGAUCGCGCUGUUGUUCGUCGGAAGCAGCUGCGCGGCAGAGUCUCCGGAUUUGGUCCUCGGCCCAUCGGCGGCGGAGGUCGUGUACUGGCAGACGCUGAUGGUGGAUAUCUGGAGGCCCGAGGAGGUUCGAGUCAGUCUCUGUUUCGAGACGGACCCGAUUAGGUCCUCCUUGCGUUGCUUGGUUCGGGCCGAGAAGGCGUCGAUGUCGCUGUCCGAUCUCGAGCGGACGAGCAUGAUCGUGGCCGUCGGAGGGGACAUAUGUUGUUGCUGUUGUUGCUGUUGUUUCUGUUGUUGUUCGUCGUUUGUUUUUUUCGGAGAAGAAGAGGAGGAAGUAGGAGGGGAGGGAGACGGGUUGGGUUUGGGUUUGGGUUCGGGUUCGAGUUCGGGCUUUGGUGGAAUCGGGCUUUUGGGAGAUGGCUCGGGAGAUCUUGGAGGUUGCGAGCCGGAGCAUGUCUUUGGAGCUGGCGAGGCCCAUGCCUUGGAGGAGGCGCUUGCGGCGCUCGUGAAUGUCGCCGGGCUCGGAGAUCCACAUGUCGUAGGAGGCGAGGACGGAGGGGGUUUGGAGGUCGUUGGAUCGAGAAACGGCCACCUUGAUGGAGGCGGAGGAGAUGGUGGAGGUGAAGGACAUUCGGCUAUCCUCGAAGCCUUCCGAGUCGUCGUCGGAGGAGGAGGCGAGGUCGAGGGGGACGACCGACGAGAUGCGCUCGCGCGACUCAAAAAAGUUGUCGUCAUCGUCAUCGUCGCCAGCAAGACCGUCCCAAUUCAUUCCCGAGAUUUCUUGGUUUCCGGGCCGCCCUUGAAAUCUCGGACCACCAGCGACGCAACCGGUUCAACGCCGCCACCUAACCCGUCGAAUUGGAGCCUCCGGCGGCAGGCCGGCGGCGAUUGCAUUUUCCGUUUCCCUAGCCGCGGCCUGACUUUCACCGGCGGCGGCGGACACUCACCGACCGCCGGGAUUCCGUGA